ACCAGCUUCCUUCCGGUUCUCUAAAGGAGACCGGAAGUGUUGAGUUUAAGCGGCUCCCUGGUUAGCAGGAGGGUAGUGAUACCGGCAGCAGAGGCAGCUUGGCGGUCGCUGCAGUGCUCUGAUUCUCCCAGCUGCGCAGGAUUUAACCACCACCAUGUCGAGCAAAAGAGCAAAGACCAAGACCACCAAGAAGCGCCCUCAGCGUGCAACAUCCAAUGUGUUUGCCAUGUUUGACCAGUCACAGAUUCAGGAGUUCAAAGAGGCCUUCAACAUGAUUGAUCAGAAUAGAGAUGGCUUCAUCGACAAGGAAGAUUUGCAUGAUAUGCUUGCCUCCCUGGGGAAGAAUCCAACUGAUGAGUAUCUGGAUGCCAUGAUGAAUGAGGCUCCAGGUCCCAUCAAUUUCACCAUGUUCCUCACCAUGUUUGGGGAGAAGCUGAACGGGACAGAUCCGGAAGAUGUCAUCAGAAAUGCGUUUGCUUGCUUUGAUGAAGAAGCAACAGGCACCAUCCAGGAAGAUUACCUGAGAGAGCUGCUGACAACCAUGGGAGAUCGGUUUACGGACGAGGAAGUGGAUGAGCUAUACAGAGAAGCACCUAUUGACAAAAAGGGGAAUUUCAAUUACAUCGAGUUCACGCGCAUCCUUAAACAUGGAGCAAAAGACAAGGAUGACUGAACAAACUUCAGAUUCCGCCACACGUUCCCUGUUGCCACUUUGGGUAUUUCUGAGACUUUCUCUUAGAGCCUGUUGCAUGCCCUUAGCUUUACAGCUUCUGCCUUUUUGUUGUAUUUAUUCUCAGCCAUUUUGGGCACAUACAUCUCUAUAAUCAGACUGGAAAUGGGACUUUUUUUUAAGUUGAAGUAAAAUAGAACUGGGAGAAAGAUCAUUGCCUUAUCACAGCCUAAGGAAAAUAUUCUCAGAUUUUUCUGAUCUACUGGAUUUUUACAUUUUUGGUAAUAAAAACUUUAAAAAUAAACAUUGUGACCCAAGUCACUUAAUGAUAA